CAGGUCAACACAUUCAGCGCAAGAGGCGGCGCAACAUGGGCUGAGCCUGUGCGCAGGCACACGAGCAGUGGACUCGGAGCUGCUAACAGCGGUCGUGAUUUCAUCUGUGAGAAGCUGACGGCCUCGGGUGGACAUGGUGACACGUGGAAAUUUGUAACUGACCAGAGUCUCCACUCACCGGGUAGAUUAAGUGGUCGUCGUAUACGGGUAUGUGUCGGGGUCCAGAGCUGAUCCGUUUUCGCUUUCACUCCGGGAGCCAGUGAUGCGCUGUGUGGAGGAAACGGGUUUCGUAGACAUCCGGAAAACGCAUCCAUGCGCCACGGACACUCUGCAUCCCGACAUGCUUCAGACAACACAAAGCUUGGCUUCAAUUAGCUCCCGUAAAAAACCGCUCAUGCAAAUCGGCAUGGGUGCGUCAACGCGGUUAUUAAGCUGUGUUUUGUGGAUGAGGUUUCGGAGCGCGGUUGUGCAAUGAGACAAUCGGGAAUUAUUAAGUAGACUUUAUUGAUACAUAAUCAGACAAUAUGGCUGAUCAGAGCAACAUUCAGUCCGCCGCCUCUAAGAGUAUUCGGCCCUUUAAAUCCAGUGAAGAAUACCUGUAUGCCAUGAAGGAGGAUUUGGCCGAAUGGCUGAAGACUCUGUAUGAUCUAGAUAUUACUGCGGACACCUUUAUGGAUGGGCUGGAGACGGGCUGUGCCUUGUGUCGGCACGCCAACAAUGUGAACCGCGCUGCGCAGGACUUCCAGCUGAAUUACCCAGAGGUAGCACAGUCCAUGAAGGUGCCAUCAAAAGAUGUUGUCUUUCAGUCGCGUAAUGUUGUCCCUGGCUCGUUUGUGGCGCGAGAUAAUGUGUCUAACUUCAUCACAUGGUGCAGGCAAGAGCUCUGGAUCAAGGACGUCCUUAUGUUUGAGACCAACGACUUGGUUGAGAGAUGCAACGAGAAGAAUUUUAUCCUAUGUCUUCUUGAGGUGGCGCGGCGAGGGUCCAAGUUUGGCAUGUUGGCCCCCAUGCUGAUCCAGUUGGAGGAGGAGAUAGAAGAGGAAAUUCGGGAUCAGGAGAGCCUUCGUCUCGAUGGAGGAGAGCCAACCGAGCAAAGCUCACCCAGCAGAUGUUACAGUCGGAAAGAGAGCUGUCAGAGUGUGGAGGAUGAAGAGGAACCUGAUCCAGAGCCGUUCAUCUGGCCGCAGAAGAGAGUAUUAUGUGAUAUGCGAAAUUUGGAUGAGUUGGUGCGGGAGAUUCUUGGCCAAUGCUCCUGUCCAGCUCAGUUUCCAAUGAUCAAGGUGUCCGAAGGGAAGUACAAAGUGGGAGACUCCAGUGCGUUGAUCUUCAUCAGAGUCCUUCGUACUCAUGUGAUGGUGCGUGUUGGAGGGGGCUGGGACACAUUAGAGCAUUAUUUGGACAAGCAUGAUCCAUGUCGCUGUGCUGCUUUUGCUCACCGCUACCAUCAAGCCAAAGCUAGUGGCCAAGGUCAAGGAGUCCAGAGCAAGUCCUCCAGUGCUCACUCCUCUCGCUCCACCAGCCCAGGCCCACACUGGCGAAAUGAUGGCAUUGCACCUUACAAACCCCCUGACAGACGCUCCUUGGAGCCCCUCUCUACCCCGAGCGCUUCCUCCUCCUCCUCACGUCCAGGGCGAUCUCAGAGCUCUGCUCUUCCCACAGAGCUUGACUCUGGUGUAGCUCGUGCUCUGCUCCCGAGGCCGCCACGAGACCGCUCAGAACCUCGUCACUUUAAUCCUCUCAGGAAUAAGGAGACAAUGAUGCCCGUGACAAGACGUCUCUCUGGAGACAGUGACUCAUCUACAGCCUCCUCUAAAGGAGGAGGAGGAGGAGGAGGAGGGGUGCGACACUCUCUUGGUGGUACUUCACGGCGCUCUGGUGAAGAGAUAGUUCUGCUUGUCAACCGCAAGGAAGGAAGGCAUAGGAUUGAGAGGGGAGGAGCUGGAAAUCAAACCCCAUCCCUACGGCCCACAAUGCCUCGUGCACGCAGCCACUCACGGGAACGCACUGCGCUUGCUCCAAUACUCAAACCCAGCCCACCAUCAGGGUCACCUGAUGGAGCAAGAACAUCUCAUACAGAGAGGGGACGCACCCCUGGAAAUGAGGGUCAAAAGAGACUCCAUGCACCACGUUCCCAUAGUCACAGUAAGUUAACUAGUCGUACUUGGUCAAGUGAUGGCAGCCCCUGUCUGUCCAUCAGAGACCAUCAAUCUCCAUCAUCAGAAAAACGAGAGGACCCUCGACCUAAACAGGUGCCCCCUUCCUCCCCAAGAGUGGGUGUUGGGUUCACUAAGAGGCAAUCAUCCUCAUGUUCUAAUUCUCCUAUUAAAGGAGCCCAGAGCAGCAACAGCUGCCCCAACAAGAGGACUAUAACUACUCCCAGACCUCCUGCCCCCCGCUCACCAUCCACAGGGAAAGGCAGACCACUCCCACCUGUCACCCCAGGAGGGCGACGUUCACCACACUCAUCUCCUCGAAACUCUCAUCAUCACGCUGCACGCUCUUCUCGGAUCUCGCAGGCACCCUGCUCUGCUGGGCGAGGCAACCAUAGAAACUGGUCUGGAAUGGAACGACAGGAACUAGAAGAGGAGGGACUUGGCUUUGGGUUCCAGAUGUUGCCAGCGUUAGACCCACAGAGGGAGCAGGACCUUUACCGCAGCUUUGAGGCUGAGUUUCUGGCCAAUACACAGCAGGUCAAGAAAGUUUCUGCUGGUAAGGCUCCAGGAGGAGCAACUCUGCAGUUAACAGGGGCACAUUCAGUACUUGCACACACUGACCCAAAUGUCACUGACUCUGCUUACUCCUCUUCUAACUCUUCCACCUCCUCCUUGAAUGUGGGUGGAAAGAUUGGAACACUGCCUGACCUCAGGGAAUCCAAGAGGACUAACCCCCAUCCCUUCCCACAGGAGGACCCAUUAAAUUUUCUUUAUGGACACAAUUUUGGAGGACCUCAUGGUUUUGUCCAAAAAGAGGCUGAACAUUGGGGGGAUCGUCGAGGAGGUCUCAAGAAGCUCCCAGCCAUCUCUAGUUCAAUAGAAGAGAGGGAAAAUCCAUCUUCCUUGCCUGGUCCUGGAGACACAGAGUCAGACGAGCUGAUGAAAAACAUCCCCUUGCAGCCUGCUUUUCACUGUACUAAUAUGAACGGAGAUCAGGGAGGUUCUCUUCCUGCAGGAGGGCACACAGGUAAUCCAGGUCCAGUCAGCUGGGGUUCACAGACUGAAGGAGAUAUUCCACUAGAAAAUCAUCAGCCAAACUUACCUUAUGACUUAGAAAAUGGCGAAUGGAGUGAUGACCUCCCACCUCCAGAGGCAUGUCCAUCACCUGUGCCCUUUCUCCCUUCUGAGGACUGCUCCUUCCAGGAUUCUUCUAGUGAAAACUCAUCCAUGUGCUUCAGUUUGAGUGAAUCCCGCUCUGGAUCCCCACCACCAACUUUACCAAUAACUAAUGGGGAAUCAGGACAAAAGAAGGCAAACAAGAUAGGUCCAAUCUCUAAGCACAAACUGGGAGGAAGGUUCAGGCCUCGAACUGACAACAGACCACAGAACAGCCCCUCACGUAUCCCCACCCCUGUCAGCUACAGAGAUCUUUGCGCUCGUGAUACUCUUUCGCCCUGUCACACACCGCCAUUGUCCCCUCAGAGUUCUCAUCCAGCCUCAUGCAAGAGCCUGCACCAGGCAUUCACUGAUAUGAUCCAUCCUCAGUCUCGCUCUCCAGCCAUGGGAAACAAAGAGUGCUCCUACCCUGCAAAGACCGGCAGCUUGGACACUGAAGCUUGGAUGUAGCACAAAACUGAACUGACACAGGAGGUUGUUGAGUGUUGACUAAUGUGUAAAAAAAACAAAACAUCAAGACAGAGUUAAGUUUGGGCUAGAGAUUGUUUCCACUGCAUGUUAAACACACUAUUGGUUUAGAUUUCCCCUGAAUUAAUGCAGUUGUGGGGGUGUGUGGGGGGGGGUCACAUUGCUUUUUUUUGCACUCAAGCCAAAUUAUUUAUUACCAAAGGAAUGGUUUUUAUCUUUACUGUAUAUUUAGUGUGCAUGGGACGCUUUUGUCAAUCAUGUGAUUUUCUUUCUCUUUUUUUUUUUUUCUUUUUCUUUUUUUAAACAGGACACUUGUAAAAUUCUCACAUACACAAACAUGGAGAGAAAACAUAUGUGCUGCCAUGUGCCCCACCGAGGGGCAUGGUAAAGUGCCAGGUAUUUGAAGCUUCAUCUCUAUAAACAGUGCAAAUAUUAAACCUUUCAGUCGGAUGGAAAGGCUCCCUCUUGUGGUUGCCAUAGUCUGUCUGCUUGCCUUGAUAGUUAAAUUAUGUAUGACAUAAAAGUCUCUGCACAUUAAUCUUAACAUGUGACUCAGCAAAUAUAAUAUUAGUAUGAUAAUAGGUAACACACAAACAGGUAGAAACAUCAUUCCUCUGAUGUUAACAACAUUUACAUUUAGUUUCUGUACAAUUGUUAAGUGUUAUUAAUGUACUGUCAGCUUUAACAAUCAGUUAAUGUAGUUGAUAUUUGUUUUUUAAUGCUUAAUUUUUCAUGUUUUUAAUAUUUUUAAUGGAGUAAAGCAUUUUUACUUUCAUUUAAAUGGAUUUGGUGUAAAAAAUGUGAGGGGAGCUGAGGUUGUGUGUCAUUGUCACUGAAACUACAAACUUGAGAGCUCUUCCUCUGACCAAAAUGUACUCUUGAGUUUAGUGAGCAUCAUGAAUCACAUACUGAAGAAAAUGAAUGUGUAAAUACAUGCUGAUGUGCUCACUGAGAGGUGUGGGUAUUUUUGUAUAUAGAGGGCAUGGAAAAUACAGUUCAAUGUACAUAGUUGCUGUAUUAAGGCCUGUGCUGCCUUAGCUAUGCAAUAUUGGUAUUUUUAAAUGCCUUGACAAUUCCCUUUGCCUUAAAUUUUAGUCAUGGGAUUAAUUUUUGAAUGUUUUCAAUUUGUAACACUACAUUGCCAUUAUUAGAGGUUUAUAAUAAUGGAAGUUAAACAGACUGGGCUUGAAUGUGGAAAAAGUAAGGAACAUUUGCCAAUUUCAACUAUUAUCUCUGAUGUAGAUAAGGUGUUCAUAUAUUCAGAUUCAAUAUAAUCUAUUCCCUCUUAUUUCUAGUGACUAUUUAAAGAUAUGACACAUGAAACCAUGAAAGACAUAUGCUGUAAAGACAAAAAAGAAAAAAGGGAAAAAAGGGGGUUUCUUGACAAUGUUCCCUUUCCACCAGGUUCAGAUUGACAUGUUAAAGUUAAUAACACUGGUAUGACAUGGUGAAGUUUGAUAAAUGAAGACCGACUCUAGCUUGAGUAUCUGCAUGUGUGCAGAAAUGCACGAAUGAUGAAACUGUCACUGAAUAUCAAGGUUCCAACUUGAAGCUUGUUGCCAUCAGUGCGUGAGGUAAAAUUUCAUUCAGAGUUUACAGAGCUGUUUUUUAGCAGGCGAGGACUUUGAAAAGUUGGAAUUGUGGUGUCGGUGCUCUGCAAAAAAACAAACAAAAAAAAGAAAAACCCAAAACACUCUCACUGAAACAGUCACAACAGUUUUAACAUGACAGGGAAAGUGUAGUCUUUGCAGGAUGUUAACAGUGAAUGAGGUUAAAGUAUACAGAGUGUGUAUAUCUUUGUGUACAUAUGGUAUGAGAAGAUAAACAGAGUUUGAGUAAAGAGGGGAGCAUUGGUAGUCUAAUUUAUUUAUUUAUUGAAUCAUUUCUCAGUGGGCUAAUAGGGCAUCUCUGUCCCAAGUAUUUUAAGUAAAUACGUGUUUAGGGGAAUCCAAAUAAUGCUUGGCAUUUAAAGAUUGUCAGUUACCACAGCACUAUAUUAUAAAACAAACAAAAGAACUAAUACACUAGAUAUGGUCCCAGUUAAAUAAGCAACAACAAAAGAAACCUAAAAUGAUCCUUCAAGCAAAAAUAAUGAUGUACGAUGUAUGUUGGAUAAGUGCUGAUUAAAUGAGUAGCUGAUUAUCAGUUUAGCUUGUAAAAAGGAUUAUGUGUGCUAAUUAUUUUCAUUUUAAGUUUAUUACUUAUUUGCAUUUUGUCUCACUGGUUGUUCACAUCUGCCAGGUAAAAUGAACUGUGACUUCAAACAACAUGAGAAAAUAUUUACUUGUCAGUCAUAACAAGAGUAAUUAACAAGAUAGUUUGCUCUUUGUUAUACACAGCUUUGCAAAUUUCUCACUCCUCUUUAUCCAGUGAACUCUGAAUGUUUGUGAUCUGGUUCCAUUUUCACAAAAUCUUCAGUAAGAUGUACAGAUUGCUUGACGUUGUGAAAUAUGUGUGUAUGAAAUAGCAAUACUGCAACAUUCUACUCUUUUUGAAUCUGAACAAUGCUAUCAAGUUGUUGUUGUAAUAAAUUCUUUCUUCUGAA